UGACGCCGUGUGCGCAUGCGUGGCAGCCGCCGUCUGAUUCGUGGCGGUGCGGAGUGGGACAUGGCGGCGGCGGAGAGGUGCGGCGGGUGUUGGAGGUGGAUUGUGGUUGCUUCCCUCCUGCUCGUCGUGUUGCAGUCGGCGGGUGCUGCCGUGGCUCCUGCCCUGCCUGUAGUCAUCAACACUUGGGCGUUUAGGAAGGCCGCAGAGACAGCUUGGGGAGUAUUGCAGUUGGGAGGUUCUGAGCUGGAUGCAGUCGAGAGAGGCUGUGGUCAGUGUGAGAUCGACCAGUGUGAUGGGAGCGUGGGAUAUGGAGGAAGUCCAGAUGAAAGUGGAGAAACAACACUGGAUGCAAUGAUUAUGAAUGGCAACACCAUGGAAGUCGGAGCAGUUGCAGAUCUCAGACAUGUAAAAAAUGCAAUCAGUGUAGCACGAAAAGUCAUGGAAUACACUAAGCAUACGUUAUUAGUGGGAGAGUCAGCCUCCCUGUUUGCUGUAAGAAUGGGGUUUCCAUAUGAAGAUUUAACUACCCAAAAAUCUCUUUUGGUGUAUUCAGAGUGGCUUAAUCGGAGCUGUCAGCCAAAUUACUGGAAGAAUGUGAUACCAGACUCUUCAAAAUCCUGUGGACCAUACAAACGACCUGAAAAAGUAACUUAUAAAGAAGAACAGAUCUCACGAAGAAGUUUUCAUAAUCAUGAUACUAUUGGUAUGAUUGUAAUCGGUGGGAGUGGAACUGUUGUUUCUGGGACAUCUACUAAUGGCGCAAUCCACAAAAUUCCAGGCCGUGUAGGAGACUCUCCGAUAGCUGGGGCAGGGUCCUAUGCGGAUAGCACAGCAGGAGGAGCUGCAGCCACUGGGGAUGGUGACAUAAUGAUGCGCUUCUUACCCAGUUAUCAAGCUGUGGAGUAUAUGAGAAUGGGUACAGAUCCGGCAGUAGCCUGUCAGAAAGUUAUCUCCAGAAUCCAGAAAUAUGCUCCAAAAUUCUUUGGUGCUGUCAUAUGUGCCAAUAGAACUGGAAGUUAUGGUGCUGCGUGUAAUAAAAUUCCAGGAUUCACACAGUUUCGCUUCAUGGUUUCUAGUCCUUUGCUAAGUCACCCAACUGAGCAAGUAGUAGAUUGCAUUUAAUUUCUUUUGUCAUAUUAACAUCUAAAUUUAAGACAGAGAAAGUGCUAAGCUUCCCUAGAUGCUGCUUUUUAAAAUGGUUAUUCCAAGGUCUAAUGGCUGUUCUGGUCCCUUCGGUUUUUUAAGAGCUAAGUAGCCAAAAGUGAUGAAUAGUAACCACUGAACUGGACAUUUGCUUUGCCAUUUGGUAACAUAUGUGGCAGAAAUCUGAAAGGAUGUGGAGCAGGAAGGUCUCUGCCUCUACUCAUGAGACUUCUUUUGAGAAGAAUUUUCUAACACAGUCCAGGUUUUCAUUUCUCUUGAAAAGAAAAUUGCAUGCAAAUGCUGACAAGCAAGGAAAGAGGUUUGAAGAGUAGUGGAGACUAUUUCAAAGCUUUAAUUAAGAGGUAAGGAGCAUCUCCUUGUGGACCUUUUUAACUUGUUUCAUGACAGCUGAGAACACAAUUUGAAUAGAGAGGACAUCCAAACAUCCCUAGUAGUACAAGCCUUCAAGAAAUAUUGUGUUGACUCUGACUGGAUGGGAAGACAGUUCAAAACUUUCCUGUCACCUGUUUUAUGUAGUGGAAGUUAUAAAUCUUAAUCACAGUGAUUUCCUUGUCCUUAAUAUGCUGUGCACUUUCCCUAUGGCACAUUUACACUUUCAGAGAAGCAGUUGAAUACCUAAAGCAUGAGAGUUACCUACAGCUGGCAAAGCUGGGUUUGUCACUUUCUGUGUCUAGAUACCAGGAUUCUUUUGUAAUAGAACUUCAGCAUCUUGAGGCUUUUUCCAUGGGUAUUUGAAGAUGUUUGAUUCUUUUCUUAACUUGGAGUCUUGCUGGUCAUUUGAUUGAAUCUUUGCUAAACUUGGGCUAGGAAAAGUUAAAGGGGGGAGCAGGUAAGAUAAGUGUUUUGUCAUAAACUUGAUUUAUUCUUUGUUUACUUGAAUAAAAUUAUUGGGUAAUAAAAGCACACCUUAAUGUAUCAUUUGUAUCAAGGUUGCUUGGAUGCUUCUAUACUGUGCCUUAGAAUGAUUGUUGCCUUAUGUUCCAAGUUGGUAUCUUUAAAAGCUGGAAAAAAAAACAUUCAAACCAGAACAGCUGUCUUUAAUGCCCUGCUGUCGACCUUAACCAACAAAGUAAUUUAUUGGAGGAUUUACUUCUGUCACUGGAUCUUCAGAGCAUCUUGUAGCAGAGUUCACUGUAGGCUACAGCAAGCUUUUGUCAGAGGAGCCCUUACCGAAUAUAUCUCUAGUGGCUUAAGAUAAGUUUUCUACCUGUCAUAUCUACCAUGACUACUGUAUCUUCAGGUAACUCAGGUAAUCAAGUGCAGAUAGAUUAGUAAAAUCCAAGUGACUGUUACUUUGGAGAUAACAUUGUGGAUUGUGAACAUAGAAGGUUCAGUAUGGGCAGCUGAGUGGCAGUGUUUCAAACUGCUGCGGCUGAAUUCACCAGGAUUCAUUUUUGAAAGAGAUGGGAAACAUCCUUGGCUGGCUUUCUAGUGUGCUAGCUAGUGUGUACUACUAGAGGUUAUGAAUGCUCUGUAACAGUGUACCUGAGGUCAUUGUUACAAUUCUAACAUUUCAUCUGUAUGUGAGAGCAAAAUUCCUUGUCUCCAUGAGACAUAUGCAUGACUACAUGUGGUUUAACAAUGUAGGUUGCUUUUUGAUGCUGAAUUCUCAUAAGUGAAAGGGUUAGUUUGUGUAAACUAUUUUAAUGUAUUUUUAAUUCGCCAUUAUAUUAUUUACAAAUUAAACUUAUAAAUGUACCAUUCCAAUGUUAUGAAUAGAAUUCUGAAUUAAAAAAAUAUUGUGCUUAACAUUUUGUCUUUAAAAUACCUCUUUGCAGGUUGUUAGCAGUAGUGCUGUUCUGUUGUGCGUAGCAGAAAGAUGAUUUUUUUUAAGAAAGAUUUUUACAAGAACAAACUCUUGCCAAAACUAAACAAAAACUCUUCAACAAUUUCUUCUGGGGUUGUGGGAAAAAAAAAUCUUACCCAAUUUCAAGGAAUUUAGUAUUUGUAAGUUUAUACUUUCAUUAUGUUUUUGCAUGGCACUAAACUGUUCUUUCAUCAGGCAAUUGGUAUGAACCCUGACAAUGCUUUGUGUCACUUGGUGAAGAAAACUUCCCUGUGAUACCACCAUUGUAGCUUACCAUGGGAAUAAUGUCCUGUCAUCUGUAACUGCCUCAACCGGGAAUAAAUAACAUGUUCAGAGAA